UUACAAAUAAUGUAUUUAAGAAAAAACAUAAUUCAAUCAAGGUUUUUUUUCUCGUUUCUAAAAGCACAUAGGGAAAUAUAUUUAGGGUAGUCUACCCAGACAUGUUCAGAAGCCACUAGUUAGAUCGGACUCAGCUCCCCACAUCUUUAGUGCUCGUGCUGGAAUCUGAUACACGGAAAAGGAGUUCCUCAACAUUUUCUUUGUGGGAUGAGACAAGAAAUAAGUUACUUCCUUCCUCUGUAUAAACUUGCAAUAACUGGUGAUGAUGGUGUCUUUUUUUAUUUUUACUAAAGAUCUCAUCCGUUGAACAGGGCUAACGCUUUAUCUACAGAAACUUCGUGAUAAAAACUAGAAGAAGCAACGAUUAACUCUUCUAAAUAAUCCUGGAUUGUUCCAAAAGUAUUAAGAGGAUCCAAACGAAAACCGACAAAAAGAAAGAAAAAGGGAACCAAAAGUGGAGCCUUUUAAAUUUCUUAAUGAGAGAUACUAAGCUUAAGUGGACGCAGAGAUACGUAAUUUGAAGUAAAAUACGCUUUUCGAAGAAAUUACUGUAGUUAUAAAGACACGAACACAAAUAUACUCUGACGCCGCAACCAAACACAUAAAGAAUAUUGGUUGGAAAGUCCACAAGUUCAUAAAUAUAUAAUAUUAUAAAAUAUUAUAAUAUAUUACAAAAUAUUAUAAUAUAUGCACACAUACAGAGACAGGCAUUUAUAUAUGUACUAAUGCAUAUUAAGUUACAUAAUACACAUGAAUGCAUAUACAUAGCUACGCAAGCACGCAUGUUGUAUAGAUCGAUACAUAUGCGUGUAUUUAAUUACAUAUACUUAGUGUAGAAUAUUACAUGUAUUUACUGAGUGCAAGAAAUUAGCGGGAAGCAUGUCUCAAAGCAAAGAAAAAUCAGCAUGUGUCAAGUCUGCUAUGAAGUUUCUCUUCUCUCAUAUUGGACUCUUUGGAAUGGUAAUUGCUUACUGCGUGGCAGGGGCGUUUAUCUUCGAACAUCUUGAGAGGGAAAACGAAAUUAAAAGCUGCAGGGAUUCUUUUAAAGAAUACACUUCAGUGGAAAGCAAGACUCUGGAAAAAUUAUUAGCAAUUGAAAGUAACAGUCCGUCGAAGAAAUCGGAGAUCGAGCAGAUUUUGAAGAUUUUUCGCGACAGUGCUAUGAAUAUUGGUUACACAGGAGAGGAUUGCGACACCAAAGGUUUACCCGGUGGAAGUUCUUUAUCAUGGUCUCUACCAGGAGCUCUUCUUUUUGCUGUGACUAUUGUGUCCACUAUAGGUUAUGGACAUAUAGCUCCCAAGACAACGUGGGGUCGCCUUGUGUGUAUUGCUUAUGCCAUUCUUGGAAUUCCGUUGAUGCUGCUAUGUUUGGCGAACAUCGGAGAUGCACUGGCCAACGUGUUUCGCUUCGUUUAUUCCAAAAUCAUUUGUUGUGGAUUUUGUCGUCGAAAACCUAAAAAAGAUAGAACAAGCUCGAUUACUUCCCUAAAGAACACCAGUCAGGCCGUUCAGUCGCAAAAGAAAAAUUUCGAUAAUGCGGACACAAACCCAGACUACGAAAUGAAGAUGAUGGGUAACGAGAAAAAUUCUUACGACGUGUCUGUAAUCGAAGAGCAAAAAUACGAGAAGAAAGUAACGACAACCAAAUUCUCAAACAUGGAUAGUCCGAGCCAUGCGCCAUAUUUACGUUCCAGACCCAACAGCGUUUACAACGAUUCCACGUCAUCGGCAUUAAGUCAGGGCGGCGAGAAAAACAGCAGAAUAUAUCCGGUUCCUAUUCCGAAAGAUGAACGGGAACCAAUAAUGUUGAGGACGAACGAAUACGACGACUACGACUAUGACUACGACGACGACGACGACGACGAGCUGGCCGACGUCACGAUUCCAUUGACGGUAACAAUGUUGGUCAUAUUCGUCUAUAUCAUGUUUGGAGCAUUGCUCUUCAAGUUGUGGGAAGGCUGGGACCUUCUGCAGGCCACUUAUUUCUGUUUUAUCACUCUCAGUACCAUUGGCUUCGGAGACGUUGUGCCCGGAACGGAUUUUGACAACCCACAGACGAACAUUCAGCUAAUUGUUGGUGGGUUUUACAUUCUGUUCGGUAUGGCCAUUGUUUCAAUGUGUUUCUCACUGAUGCAAGAAGAAAUGGUGGCCAAAUUCCAAUGGAUCAUGAAAAAAUUAGGAAUUUAUUCCGACGAUGAAGAUUAAAAUUACAAGACAUA